AUGGGCGACAGCAUAGCGUUGUACUAUGCUCCACUAUUCUUUGAGGGAAUCGCAUACAACUGCUUAUUUCUGUUAUCAUUCUUCUUGAGCAUCAACCGAUUUCUAUUGUUUAUAUUUCCUCGAGCACACAACAAACUCUUCACAUAUUGGGGGACACGAAUAAUGUCAUUGUUUAUUUGGAUUUAUGUGUUCAUUUUUAUUGGAUUGUCGAAUCUAUAUGGAUGUCGCAAACAGUUCGCUAAGGAUGGUUCGUUGAACAGUUUCAAUAAUAACAGCCAGUUUUACUUCUGGUACAACUGCAGCAACAGAAUCCCAGGGAAGUUUCAUUAUAAUGACUUCAUGAAUAUUCAAUCGUAUUUUAUUCCGGCUGCUAUGAUUACAAUGUACUUGAUUGUCUACGUAGCCAUUAGGUUUUCUUUACGAGGAACUACGAAGGACGAGAGUUUCCUCCAAAAAAGAGCUCAGAUAUCUUAUACAGACCGUUAUGAUAGGCAUUCUGAUUGUCGUCGAAGUGGCUGCGUUCGUAACAGUGCCAUACCUGAACAUCAAAGGCUACGGUCGAUUCUAUCUAAAUAUUCUGCUGAAUCUGAUCGUAAUCGCUAA